UCCCUUCCACCACCCCUCACCCCCACCUCUUCUCCCUCUCACACUUCCAAUUCUACCAAGAUCUUGAACUUGAUCGCCGCCCAAACAAUAAAUUCUUUUACAAUUUUUUCCCCUCUUGGUUUGCUGUUUCAUUGAGAAUCAUGGAUGACAAGGUCAAAUAUCUACUUUCUCUCGACGCGGUCCGCGAACGCGCCAAACAAGUCGGAAAGGCGGCCGAAGCCGGAAAGCUAAGCCACUUUGAUGUGCACGAGGAACGUCUGAAGGAUGUUGCGGUUUUCGUGACUGGAGUUAUCAAGCGAGACUACGGCCCCGAUAAAUUCGACACAAUCCCGCCUCACGGUCGAUGGCAACACUUCGAAGUCGGCGGCGUGCCCCGCGUCGCUGAAGUGAUGAAAUCAUGGAAAGAAGAUGGUGUAGACGAUCUUGAGAUAACGCGUCGACUGAUUGAUCUUUUCUUCGUUUCGGUGUUGCUAGAUGCCGGUGCAGGAGAUCACUGGCGCUACGUCGAGCCAGGGACACAGCAAAAGUACGAGCGCAGUGAAGGCAUCGCCGUUGCCAGUUUCUACAUGUUCAAGAACCUCGACUUUGCGAGCGUGAAAGAUGCGAAGAGUCCGAUUGUAGAUGGGAAAGGAUUGGAGGGGCUCAGUACGGAUGCGUUGGCGAAGGGAUUCCAGGUCACGGAGUCAAAUCCGCUUCUUGGGACAGAGUCGAGAGCGGAUUUGCUGAGGGGUCUUGGGAAAUCGCUGCUCGCGCAACCGAAGGUUUUUGGAGAAAAUGGCCGACCGGGUGCUGUAGUGGAUUAUUUGAGGAGCAAUUCGGAGGAUCCUUCGAAACUCAGUGUCAAGACUUUCUGGGAUAUUCUGCAAACUCUGCUCAUCCCCGUGUGGCCCAAAGACCGCACAACACUAAACGGGCAAUCGAUUGGAGAUGCAUGGCCGUUGAGUACACUAGAGAAGAACGCGGCGUCGCCAUCGAAAGACGAGACUGACCGCAUCCAACCAUUCCACAAACUCACCCAAUGGCUCGCGUACUCCCUCAUGGUACCUUUCCAACGUAUGCUUGGAGUGCAAUGGCAAGACGCGGAAUUUCUCACCGCUUUGCCAGAAUAUCGCAACGGCGGACUUUUCGUCGAUCUGGGCGUAUUAUCGCUGAAAAAAGAGGCUUUGGACAAAGGGUUGAAAGCGUCCACAAACAACCUUCCGGUGUUCACUGCAGACGACGAUGUAGUUGUGGAAUGGCGUGCGAUGACUCUAGUCCUGAUCGAUAAGCUGCAUGGCAUGGUUCUGGAGGAGAUGGGAGGUGUUCCCUUGACCAUGGCGCAGUUGCUUGAAGCUGGAACGUGGAAGUCUGGAAGGGAGCUUGCGGCGAAGAACAGACCGGAUACUAAGUCGAGUCCAAUUAUCAUCCAAAGUGAUGGUACUGUUUUCUGA